GUCAUUCUCGCGACUAUUCGCCGGGUGCAUGUGGUAAUCGUGGAAAGCAAAUAAAGCACUUGAAAGAAAAAAACGGUUCAAGCGUCCGCGCGCGACUCUGUCUGCAGUCCGUUUUUACAGAAGAUUGUAGAAGUAGGCUACGCGCGUGAAACCAUCUGAGCACAACUGAAAACAAGGUAUUUGACUCAAUUCUGAACGACUGUGGAAUUUGUGUUGUUGUAACCUCUGGGAAGCGCUGUGAUUUGCUUGGAUUUAUAAGCACCCGUUGCAAACACAUUGGAUAAGCUUCCUCACCGCCAAAGUAUUAGGCAUUCAAGAAUUGCCUUGCCUCUUAUCAAAAGAAGUGAACAAAACAGCUAGUCCUGUAACACCGAAAAAGGUUUCACUUGCUUCAUAUGGGGGUCCAGCAAGUUCAAAUUUUACGUUUGGAUUGUCAAGUUUGAAAUGUCAAGGAUAGAACAGUCAAACAAGGAAUUCUAAAGGUCUGCUCUCUAGAGAUGUCUUCUUAGUCAAGCUACCGAGGAGGUGAAGAGGUGACAUGCCUCUGUAACACAUCGUCUGAAACAAAUGAUUGGUUGCCAUGCCUCCAGGGAUGGUAUGUCGUCUUUCAGCCCCAGCAGUCCGAUUGCUGCUACCUCCGCUGCUGCUGCUAGUCCUGGGCUGUCCCUUUCCCAGUGGCCUCUCUUUGGCCUCUGACCCCUCUCACUUCGACCCCUAUCCCUCCUUCUCCCGCAACGACACACUGUUUGAGCACCUGGCGCUCCACCCGGACCCUUCCGUGGGCCGUGUCUAUGUAGGGGCGAGGGACCGCCUCUUCCAGCUGGACCGCUUCCUGGCGCCUGAGCUACAAGACAACACGGGGCCCGUAACGGACAGCCGAGAGUGCCUGCCCCCCGUCACCGUGGGCAACUGUCCCCAGGCACGACGCACCAGCAACCAUAACAAGCUCCUGUUAGUGGACCCCUUCUCCAUGGAGUUGAUCACGUGUGGGAGCGUCAACCAAGGAAUUUGCCAGAAGCGUAGUCUAGCCUCUGUGGAUGAGGUGCUCUUUUCAGCUGAGAGGCCGGUGGAUACCCAGUACGUGGCGGCCAACCACCCCAAUGUGAGCACUGUGGGACUCAUAGUCCGCCCACGCCCCGACCGCCAACCUGUCCUGUUUGUGGGGCGGGGCUACACCACCAGCCACCCUCCGAUCUCCACACGGAACCUCGCCCAGGAACCCGUGUUCUCCUACGAGGAGACGGCCAAGCUGGCCGUGGCGGGACGCCUGUCGGAGUAUGACCACCACUUCGUGGCCUCCUUCGCCCACCGCCAGCAUGUUUACUUCCUCUUCUACCGCCGCGACCUCAAGUCGCAGUCGCGGGAGUACCGCACCUACGUGUCCCGCGUGUGUCUGGACGACCAGGCGUACUACUCUUACGUCGAAGUCCCCCUGGCGUGCCGCUCGGCCGGCGGGAAAAGCUAUAACCUCCUCCAGGCUGUGCGCCUCGGUCUACCCAAGAACGACGUGGUGUCCAGAGGUCCCGAGGUCCUCCUGGGCGUGUUCUCCACCCGCAUGGCAUCGUCGACACGGCCCAGCGAGGACUCUGCCCUUUGCAUGUUCUACCUGGACGACUUGGACCAGCGCAUCAACUCCACCAGGGACCUUUGCUACACCCAAGUGGGCAGGACGGAAGUGGGGGCUGAGGCCGCCUACAUAGAGUACGACGUCAAGUCCAACUGUGCCAACCUGCCUUCGAACACUUUGGAUGCCUACCCCUGUGGUUCUGACCACACUCCCAGUCCAAUGGCCAGCCGGAUACCUGUGGAGGCAGAGUCCAUAUUAGACAGCCCAUCUGCCCGUCUCACUGCCGUCGAGGUCAGCGUGAGGGCAAGACAUACCAUUGUCUUCCUGGGGGACUCAAAGGGAAACCUGCACAAGGUGUUCCUGGGCCCCGAGGGUGAGGUGGAGGUGUACGACGUCGUUUCCAUCCAGCCAAACGCUCCCAUCAGCUCGGACUUGCUACUGGACCAGGCCGAGGAGAACCUCUUCAUCAUGACGUCCACCAUGUUGCAAAAGAGGCCCGUGGCAGAGUGUCGGCAACAUCUAGACUGCCAGUCGUGUCUCUCUGCUCAUGAUCCCUACUGUGGCUGGUGUGUCCUGGAGGGAAGGUGUGUCCAGCAGGGGGAGUGUGGACGUGGGGCCCAGGCUGGCCAGUGGCUGUGGAGUUUCGACAUGGAGCAGCAAUGCCUCAUCAUCCAGUCUCUGAACCCUGCCAACAUCAGCCGGGAGGAGAAGAGAAGCAUCUCUCUGUUUGUCCCGGGGCUGCCCGUGCUGGAGGAGGGCGAGUCCUACUCCUGCUACUUCCACAGCAGCUCCAGCCCCGCCACCAUCACAGGCUCUGGUGUUGUCUGCCUCUCCCCCGAUCCCCACAGGGCCCCAGCUGUAUCACCGGGGCAAGAUUUUGUCACGGUCACCUUGUCACUGCGCUUCAACGACGUGGUUGUCACGGCCAACAAGUUCACUUUCUACGACUGCACCGCUGUCAAGCAGCUGUCUGGGAGCAUGCCUUGCCGUGGCUGUGUGUUAAGUCGCUGGGGCUGUAACUGGUGUGUUCAUCAACACACCUGCACCCACAAGCCCACCUGCGAGGAGGGUGUCAUCAUUUACAACGAACACUUUAAACUCCCCACCUCGGCCCCUCCCACAGUCAAAACUGUUACCAUAGCAACAACUGUCCCUACCACAACUGUAGCACCAACAACAACCAUACCCCCAACCACGACAACCACAACCACCAUAGCUACAACAACCAUAGCUAGUACAACUACAACGGAAGCCACUACGAUUGUAGCUACAACUCAGGAGCCUUCAACAACACCACUUUCUACUACAUUACCCACAACCACCAUCCCAGUGCCUGCAACUUCGCCCUCGACCACAACCGUAGUGACCAAGGCUCCCACUACUCUGCCCCCUCCAACCGAAGCUACGACGUCAUUAGCUGAGAUCACCACAACUGAGAAGAACAAGGAGGAGACGACAUCCACAGUGAUAUUCCUUGCGUAUGAGCAAACCGAAAUGGAAACCGAAGGCCUCAUGGUAACACCAGGCAAUGUGGAUGUUCCCACGGAGGCGGACUUGACCAAUGUCACAUUCGCAGCCGAUGAUGACGAUUUGUACGAAUUGACCCCACUGGCAGGUCCUCCAGAGUUACCACUGUUGGAGGUGGUCACCGAUUCCCCCCCUAGCAGUGUAGCAGAAAUGGACCAAGCACAGAGCCUUGGGGAACUCCCCAGCGAGACCACCCAGGCCUCGUCAUCCGGCUACUCCCUUCCGUCCCCCUUCCCGCUGGGUGAGCCGUCUGACUCGGAGCCUACCUUCCACCUGGACUUUACUCAACCUCCACAAGACCCCCAGCCAACCACCCAGGACCAAAGCAGGGGCUCUGACCCAGAAGUCCUCUUUUGGCCCGGGGAAGAUGCAGAUGAGGAUUCUGAAGUCGCCGUAGCGGAAAACGACACAGCCUCCUUUUCUGCUGCCACCGUGUUGUCGGGCGACGGGGAGGUCGACCACAACUCCCAGGCAUUUCCCCGUCUCACGGACGCUGAUUUGGAGCUAGACUACCAGUACGACAUGGCCGACACAUUUCUUCCGGGAGACGAGGGCUCCUAUGUGAGCUGGGGCUCGUCAGCUUGUCCAUGUGUAGAGAAGGUCCAGGGAUCUGCUCUUCUGCCUGUCAAAGUAGAGAAGAAGAUAACCCUGCUGGCUCGCAACCUCCAUCUGUACCAGGACAGAGACUUGGACUACGAGUGUGUGUUGGUCAUUGAAGGGCGCACUGUGGUGGUAGACGCCUAUGUGGAGAUGGACGACCUGAGUCCGUCCCUGUUUGACAUCACUUGUCAGUUGCACCAGUACUCAUACUCAGCUGUGGUGGACGAGUACAACGCCAUGGUGUAUGUGAAGAGGAGGGACACCUUCCACGUGGACAGUGCCCCCGAUCUCUACGUCACCUUGUACAACUGCUCGGUGGGGAGGUCUGACUGUAGCCGCUGCCACACUGCGGAUGCCGUGUAUGGAUGUGUGUGGUGCGGGGGGGCCCAGGCUAGCUGCCUGUACGGAGACUCCUGCAGCGAGCCCAUAGAGCAGACCUGCCCCGCCCCCGUCAUCCACUCUAUCGAACCCCUGUCAGGCCUGGUGGAGGGGGGAACUUUGGUUACCAUCUCUGGGUCUAACCUGGGGCAGAAGGCCGACGACAUCCUGGAAUCAGUCACUGUGGCUGGGGUGGCCUGCACUGUCAUCCCCCAGCUCUACGAGAUCUCCUCCAGGAUUGUGUGUAGGACCAAAGCCAGUGGAGGAGAGAAGAUUGGCCAGGUGUCUGUAGAAGUGAAUGGGGGAGAAUUUGGCCUCUCCAGCCAGAGAUUCAGCUACCAGGAUCCCUUCUUGAUGGAAGUGACCCCACAGAGGGGUCCCAAGGCAGGGGGCACGUCCCUGACCAUCACGGGGAGGAACCUACUGACUGGUCGGCCCACUGACCUCACCGUCACUGUGGGAGGGGUGCCCUGUUCCAUAUCCUCAGUGCAGGAGUCCAGUGUGGUGUGUGUUACAGGCAGCAGCAACAGGACAAGCGAGCAUCGUGUGACGCUUCACUACAGCAACAGUCCCCGUCACCUCCACGACAUGCCCUACCGCUACACCCCUGACCCCAACAUCACCAAUGCCGCUCCGGCAAAGAGCUUCCUUGGUGGCGGUCGUUUGAUCUUCGUGUCGGGCCACAAUCUGGACGUGGUCCAGGAUCCCAGGAUGGUGGUGACCGUCUCUCCCUACCAGUCCCUGACGAGGAGGAGGAGGAGGAGUGGAGGAGGGAAGCAGGAGAAGGUGGGGGGCAGGCUUCGUAGGAUGGUGCCUGAGGUUGACUGCCCUGGGGAUCCUGCCUGCUUACUCAAGCAGUACGUGGAGCGCUGCGAAGUCAACUCCUCCUCCCUAGUCCUGUGUCGCAGCCCAGCCGUGGCGGCCUCGGUCUGGGGCUCCCAGGUGGCUGUGGACUUUCUCCUGGACAACCUGCGCUUCCCAUUCGGUGCCGUCAGCCCCCAGGGCUUCCUGUACGAACCCGACCCUGUCCUGCACCCCCUCAACCAGCACGACCCUCUCCAGCCCUACCGCUACAACCCUGGCAGCUUUAUUCAGCUGGAGGGAGAGAACCUGGACCUGGCAAUCUCUAAGGAUGAGGUGGUGGUGCUGGUAGGCGAGGGGGUGUGCGCGGUGAAGACCCUGACCAGGAACCACCUCUACUGCGAGCCCCCACCCCUGCAGCCCGCCCCCGGAGGCCCAGGGAGGAAACGCGAGGGCGGCGACACACUGCCCGAAUUCACAGUCCAGAUGGGGAACCUGAACUUCUCACUGGGGAGGGUUCAGUAUGACACCCUCAGUCUUGCUAUGUUCCCCCUUGAGGCCCAGGUGGGGGUGGGGGUAGGGGCCUCUAUAGUCGCCCUCAUUGUCCUCAUCAUCGUGCUCAUAUACAGGAGGAAGAGUAAGCAGGCCCUGAGGGACUAUAAGAAGGUGCAGAUCCAGCUUGAGAACUUAGAGACCAGUGUGAGAGACCGUUGCAAGAAGGAGUUCACUGAUCUGAUGACAGAGAUGAUGGACAUGUCCAGUGACCUGGUGGGCUCGGGCAUCCCCUUCCUGGACUACAAGGCGUACGCCGAGCGCAUCUUCUUCCCGGGCCACCGGGAGUCCCCGCUGCGGCGAGGGCUGGAUGUGCAGGAGUGUCGCAGGCAAACGGUGGAGCAGGGCCUGCUGCAGCUGUCUAACCUGCUCAACAGCAAGCUGUUCCUCACCAAGUUUAUCCACACCUUGGAGAGCCAGAGGACUUUCUCCCCGCGGGACCGUGCCUACGUGGCCUCCCUCCUCACGGUGGCGCUGCACGGCAAACUAGAGUACUUCACUGAUAUCCUAAAGACGCUGCUCAACGACCUGGUGGAGCAGUACGUGGCCAAGAACCCCAAGCUGAUGCUGCGCAGAACAGAGACGGUUGUGGAGAAGUUGCUGACCAACUGGAUGUCCAUCUGUCUCUAUGCCUUCCUCAGGGACUCUGCAGGGGAGUCUUUGUAUAUGCUGUUCAGGGCCAUCAAGCACCAGGUGGACAAGGGUCCUGUUGACGCAGUGACGGGGAAAGCCAAGUACACCCUCAACGACAACCGCCUGCUCCGAGAGGACGUGGAGUACCGCACCCUGACUCUGAACGUGCUGAUGCAGGGCGGGGGGGUAAACGAGACCCAGCCCCUGCCCUCCAAGGUGCUGGACUGUGACACCAUCACCCAGGUGAAGGAGAAGCUGCUGGAGCAAGUGUACAAGGGCACCUCGUUCUCCCACCGGCCCCACACAGACUCUCUGGACCUGGAGUGGAGGUCUGGAGUAGCAGGUCACCUGAUCCUUUCGGAUGAGGACCUAACAUCCGUUGUCCAGGGCAACUGGAAACGACUCAACACACUCCAGCACUACAAGGUUCCAGACGGCGCCACGGUUGCGUUGGUCCCGCGCCACACCAAACACAUCCACCAUGACAGCCACGACUACGUGGCCGGAGAAAAGACGCCCAUGCUGGAGGAUGCGGACGAGGGCGGCGUGAGGCUGUGGCACCUGGUGAAGGCCAGCGAGGAGCCCGAGCUGCCCAAGCACCGCCGGGGCAGCCUGAGGGAGAGGGAGAGGGCCAAGGCCAUACCAGAGAUCUACCUCACACGGUUGCUCUCCAUGAAGGGAACUCUCCAGAAGUUUGUGGACGACCUGUUCACAGUGAUCCUGAGCACCAGUCGGCCCGUACCCCUGGCGGUCAAGUACUUUUUCGACCUGCUGGACGACCAGGCAGGCCACCACGGCAUAUCCGACCCCGAGACCAUCCACAUCUGGAAGACCAACAGUCUUCCUCUGAGGUUCUGGAUCAACAUAGUGAAAAACCCCCAGUUCAUCUUCGACGUCCAGGCGUCUGACCACGUUGACGCUGUGCUCUCAGUCAUCUCCCAGACCUUCAUGGACUCCUGCACCCUUGCUGAGCACAAGCUGGGGAGGGACUCUCCCAUCAACAAACUGCUGUAUGCCAGAGACAUUCCCCGCUAUAAGCAGAUGGUGGAAAGGUACUACGCUGACAUCAGGCAAACGAUAUCAGCCAGCGACCAGGAGAUGAACUCUGCCCUAGCAGAACUGUCCAGGAAUUACUCAGGCGAGUUAAAUUACCUUGUCGCCCUGCAUGAGCUGUAUAAGUACAUCAACAAGUACUAUGACCAGAUCAUCACAGCAUUAGAGGAGGACACCACUGCCCAGAAGAUGCAGCUAGGCUACCGGCUCCAGCAGAUUGCCGCCGCUGUGGAGAACAAGGUCACCGACUUGUGACAGAGGAGCACCAGAGUUGCUCGGCGGAGGAGGGGGGAGGGGGUGAGGCCCAAAUGAGUUAGACAGUGAGCACACACUGUAGGUUUACACUCUAGGGGAUGGGUCGAAUGGGGAGAAAGGAGGGAGCAGGGAGAAGAGGAAUGGAUGAAUUGAUGGACAAAUAAAUGGAGAGAAGGAUAGACGGAUGGACACAAAGUAAUAUACUCUUUUGUGGGAGAAGGGGUGCAAGGAGGUGGCAAUGGACUGAGUACCCCCCUUUACCACUCCAAGGAUCAUUCCGCAAGCCUUGACUGACUUUGGAGUGCAAUGGAUUUGGAAGUGAAUGGAACACACACAAAAAUACAUAAGAGUUGACCAUGGAGCUCUAAACUCCACAGGUUCCUGUGCGGUGGACGUGACCGCUGGAAUAAACACACACGGAGGACAAGGAUUUAAUUAGUCACUUUUUAUUGCCCACCGCUGGACGUCUGCCCUUCUGUGACAUCUACCUCUUCUUGACCCAGGUGUGCAAAGGGUUCAGUGUCAGAGUUCAAACUAAACUCUAAGGCUAGUGUCUAAACAUUGGUUAUGUGGCAUAUUACUGAUAGCUACCAGAACUUUGUCAAGUGAGAGAGAGAUGGACAGAAAAAGAGGGAGGGAGUGAAAGUCUCAUCACACUCCGAAGCAGAGUGUUGAAGCGUCAUCAAUACAUGUUAAUACAAACAUGGUACUAAUGCCUCUCUUGCUUUCAAUUGUGUUGGAAUUGUCCCUCUGUCUUUUUGUCUACAAAGCUUGUACGUGUGCGUACAUGUUAUGUCAUUUCCCACAUUGUUUUGGCUUGUAAGCCUCAACCACUACUAGUACAGUACUGGUUUAAAAAUGGUCAUUACUGAUAUAUAUAAAGUAUACACAUACUUCAGGCAUUGUUUGUAUCAUAGGGUACUCUUAGCUGUGUUACUCUGAUUAUAAUCCCCUUUUCUAUGACAACACACAUGAAGGCCAAUUCAGGGGUCAAUUUACUUUUUGGGGGAAAGGAUGGUCUAAAGAAGUUCCCAAACUUCCAGAGGAAAUUCUGCCAUGUUACAAGAAAAUACAUUUACUAUGAAAAGCAUAGGGGCUUAGAUGCUGUAUCACCUUGCUUUACCUCAGUUUACCAUAAUACAUCACAAUACUUUUCUUUUAUAGUUUUAUGUUAUUUAAAUGCUCAAAUUUUUAUUUAUACACAUAUCCUGACCAACAGGUACUGCUAGCACAUAUCCGUUUAAAUGGUGGAUUUGCAUAGCAUGAGUUGGGAGUGUUGAAAGACCGAUGUGCGCACACAGCUCUCAAUCAGACAUUUUUCAGACUUUUUAUAACUUUUCACAAUUGAUUCGGGGCAGUGCUGAAGGGUGGAAUAGUUGUGGCGGUAACCAAUUGAUGAAGUCCAUCAGUUUUGCCUGUGUUUAUUAAUUAUGUCACAAAACUCUAGGGAAGACAACAAUGUGGUCAAGAAUGUUUUCAAGUUUCAGCAUAAUGCUGAAAGGUACUCAAGCAAGAGGCUGUAUUUUAGAAAGUAGUGUUUGUUGGUGUUAAAUGCUGUUAUUUUGACGCUUCUAGUCUAACAAUCACUGGAAAGACACUAGAAUCUCAGCAUGGGAUUGCUUUUUAGAAUUGAACCAUAGAGGUAUAUGCCCCAUGACAUUUAUGGCAUAGCUCUGUACACCUUUCUGCAUUAUAUAUUUUUCACAUUCCUUUUACAUUUUCAUCAAGGAAAAAUAUGAGUCAUGUCUCACUUUGCUUUGUUGUAGUGUUUUAAUUUGUAUGGUUUAACUGCCUGGAUCUGUGUUGCAGUUUUCUUAUCGAACACUAGAUGGAAGCAAUUUCUAUGUUUAUUGAACUGCCUCUUUAUAUACAAAACACUCAAGGAUGCUAUGACCUGGGGAUGUUAAAACACAUUUUGACAGGUAUGUUGUUACAAUUAUCCAUAAAGCACACUGCUUUUUUUGUGUUGUAUAUGAUAUACAGCCAUUUGUCAAAGAUUCAACAAGUGUUUAUAAUUUUAUCAACUCACAUUCUGGUAAUAUUUAUAAAGCUGAUAAAUGUUUGCCCAUUCAAUCCGAGGUUGUGUGUGUUACUUAUCUGACUUUACAAAAUUGAGAAUUUAGACCACCGGAUGCACUUGAGGUGUUCCAACGAAUAGUGACCAAAAACUGUAAGGCCUAAGCAAGAAUUAUAUCAGUGAACUGUCUGUCUUAUUUCUGUACUCCAAACAACUCCUUGGCAAGAGUGUGAGGGAUGUAUUUGUUGAACAUGGUCCCUUAAGUUCUAUUCUGCUGUAUCUAUACACCCAUGCCCAUAAAUGACACAUUGUAAGCAAGUCAUAGAGUAAUGCCAUAGGCUAUCACACUAAUUACCAUACACGCAACUAAUAUGGCUUGUCUGAAUGGAUGAUUUGUACUGUCCUAUGCUUAUAAUGUAGAUGACUAUAAAACCUGAGUAUGAUGGACACGGGGGUCAUUUGAGGGAAAACUGUAAUUAUUGUUAGGGUGUAUAAAGUUCUGCUAUGUAGAGCAGGCUCUGCAAGGAGCAAUUUUAAGGAAGUUUCUUAUUUUGUUUCUUAAUAUUAUUUGUACAUAGUGAUUUAAUAAUGUAACUUGUAGCAACUUAACCUGUUUAAUAAGAUAAUGUGCAAUUUCUUACAGAUGGUGAAGAAAUAAAGUAUUCAAAAUUG